UGUUGGUGGGAGAGGGCAGAGGUGCCCUCUAUUUCGGCCUUCCUCAGUGCAUCUGAACUGGUCCCCUUUCCCAUAAUCAGUCUCUUUGUCUCUCUGUCUCUCUCUGUCUCGCUGUCUCUCUCGCGCGGUCUCUCUCUCUGUGUCUCUCCCUCACUCUCUUCCUUGCCCCCAUCCCCAAUUUCUUUCUCACCCCUUCCUCAGUUUCUUUUCCUUCCCAUCCUCUCAGUCUCUCUCUUCCCACCGUCUCUCCUCCCUCUUCUCUGGAUGGACUAUCUCUUACUCCUAUUCCCUUCUGUUUCCCAGACCCCGACCCCCUCUUCUUCGCUCUCCCCCACACCCUCCCCCAGCCUCCCCCUACCCUUCUAUUUCUCCCUCAUCUCUUGCUGUUCUCUCUUUGCAUCUCUUCCUGCUUCUGUCCCCUUCUCUCUCUGGAUAUUUCUCUCUGUGUGUGUCUCCUCAACUUCCUUCUGCUACCAGUCACUGCCUCCCCCAAAUUCUUCCCUCCCCCACCUCUGUUCUCAGUCUCUGGGUCUCUCUCUCUUUCCGAUUCUCCUUGUCUCUCUCUGUCUCCCUCCCUCUCUGAAUCUAUCUCUCUUCUUCCUCAGCUUCCUCCUGCCACUCAGACCCCGCUCCCCAACCACUUCCCUUCCCCCCAAUCCCUCUCCUCUCGGAGGCUCCCCCAUCCUUCAGCAGCUCCCCUCCCCCUCCCUCUCUCCUCCCUCCUUCUCUCUUCCAGCUCCGCACUUUACCCAGCGACACGAGAACCAAAUUGUCUCCUCACCUUUUUUUUUUUAAAGCCCGACCCUCUCAUCCUUACGGCCCAAGCUCCAAGCUACCCCCAGCUCCCCUCCCCCUCACUCUACACCCCCAUUCUUCAUACGCCUCAUCUCCAUCCCCUCAACCAGGUCGGACGCCUGGGUCCCUUGCUGCAGGGGGAGGGGGAAGCAGCGAGAAUUGGGAGCCCAGAGGUGUUUCUGGGGGUGUGCUGGCAGCAGGGGCUGGACGUCCCUCCCCAGUGCAUCGGAGAGUUGAUCUACCGUUAACUGAGCUGGAGACCAUGGCUUCACUCUGACCUCCGCCUCCGCAGCCACCUGCUUGCUGCCUCCAUCCCCUCUGGCCCCUCGAGGCCCCCGCUUCUGCCUGUGUUGUGACCCCCCCCAGCCGCCGGCACGGCCCCACCUCCGCUGCCCCGGUGGUGGCCCACGGCCCCCCGGUUGCCUGUGGUCAAACUGGAGUCAUUGAAACGUUGGAAUGAAGAGAGGGGUUUGUGGUGUGAAAAGGGCGUUCAGGUAUUGCUGACCACCGUAGGCGCGUUUGCGGCCUUUGGACUCAUGACCAUCGCCAUCAGCACUGACUACUGGCUCUACACACGAGCUCUCAUCUGCAACACCACCAACCUCACCGCAGGUGAUGAUGGACCACCCCACCGUGGGGGCAGCGGCUCCUCGGAGAAGAAGGACCCUGGGGGCCUUACACACUCAGGCCUCUGGCGGAUAUGCUGCCUGGAAGGGUUGAAAAGAGGUGUCUGCGUGAAGAUCAACCACUUUCCGGAGGACACGGAUUACGACCAUGACAGCGCGGAGUACCUGCUCCGAGUGGUCCGGGCCUCCAGCAUCUUCCCAAUCUUGAGCGCCAUCCUGCUGCUGCUCGGGGGCGUGUGCGUAGCUGCCUCCCGCGUCUACAAAUCCAAAAGGAACAUCAUUCUGGGCGCGGGGAUCCUGUUCGUGGCAGCAGGCCUGAGCAACAUCAUCGGGGUGAUCGUGUACAUAUCAGCCAACGCGGGCGAGCCGGGCCCCAAGAGGGACGAGGAGAAGAAAAACCACUACUCGUACGGCUGGUCCUUCUACUUCGGCGGGCUGUCCUUCAUCCUAGCCGAGGUGAUCGGCGUGCUGGCCGUCAACAUCUACAUCGAGCGCAGCCGCGAGGCGCACUGCCAAUCUCGCUCGGACCUGCUCAAGGCCGGCGGCGGCGCGGGCGGCAGUGGCGGGAGCGGCCCCUCGGCCAUCCUCCGUCUGCCCAGUUACCGCUUCCGCUACCGCCGCCGCUCCCGCUCCAGCUCCCGAGGCUCCAGCGAGGCAUCGCCGUCGCGGGACGCAUCUCCCGGCGGCCCCGGGGGUCCGGGCUUCGCCUCCACGGACAUCUCCAUGUACACGCUCAGUCGCGACCCGUCUAAGGGCAGCGUGGCUGCGGGGCUGGCGGGCGCCGGGGCCGGCAGCGGCGGCGGCGGCGUGGGCGCUUACGGCGGGGCGGCCGGAGGCACGGGGGGAGGCGGGGCGGGCGCCGAGCGGGACCGCGGGAGCACAGCGGGCUUCCUCACGCUGCACAACGCCUUCCCCAAGGAGGCGGCGUCCGGCGUCACGGUCACGGUCACCGGACCGCCCGCUGCGCCCGCGCCCGCGCCGCCCGCUCCUGCAGCACCCGCGCCCGGGACCCUGUCCAAAGAGGCUGCCGCGUCCAACACCAACACGCUCAACAGGAAAACCACGCCCGUGUAGUGGUGCUCGCCUUCGCGGGGAGCCGGGGGGCGCGUCCGGGGCGCGUGCGCGGGCGCGCGUGCAACGAGGCCGCCGGAUCGGGGUGCCCCCCAGCUUUAUCCCCGAGAGCGCGCUGGACACCGCUGGACCUUCCAGCCCCUCCCCGCGCCCCUCCACACCCCCUACCCCCGUCACGCUCUGAUGCAGGGACCCUUGGGGAGGGGGACGGGACAGGAAAAGGGGCUCAGGCGUGGGAGCGCUGUGUUUUAUUUUUGUGUGGGGGCAAUUUUAAGGGAGGUGGGAGGGCCGUGGUGUUUUUUGCAGUUUUGAGAUGUUUUCUUUUUAAAUGUUUUGCUGUGUGCAUGUGGGGGCGGGGCGGGGGGAGGGAAGGGAGGGACUCCCAGCCCAGCCCAGCCCAACUCCUGGAGAGGGGCUCAUAAGACAUGAAUAUAGAGUUACAACUACAACUAUAUAUACACAUGUUCUGUAUAAAGAUACAGGCCCGCAGAAGGCAAAGGCCAAGGGAGGGGUGCGCUGACAUUUAGCUCACUUUUUCAUUCAUCUUUUGACAAGGGCUUAUUAAGCACCUACUGUGUACCAGGUAAUGGGUACAGAAGGCGGUGCUAAGGAGGAAGGGACAUAAACGCAGGCGCAUCCAUUCAUCCAUUUCUGGAAAUUCUAUGUGUGUUUGCAUAACCGCUAGGCAUUGUGCACGAGGUAAAAUAGGGUCCCUGGCGUUCCUCAGAGAGUGUGCAUCUUGUACACGAGACGGUCAUUAAUCACAGAAUCAUGUACCUACCCAGUAAAUGACACUUAGAAAUGUAGAGGCCCCUUGGGGCUGUGUUUUCCUAAUGCAAGCCGUGGGUUACAUCUCCAGUACUGCAUAAACUAGGUGUAGUGGUGCGCUCCUGUAACUGCAACCCUUGGGAAACGGAAGGUGUGCAAGGUCAUCCUGGGCUGUGUGCUGAGACUGAGGCCAGCCUGGACUGCGAGGCUUUUGUGCUUUAAAAAAGGCACACCGGGGAUGGGGUGGGGUGAGGGUGAAUAUGACAUGCUGCAGAGUGCUCCAAGUAGGGUGAUUAACUCAGAUGGGGCACGGGGGUGGGGGAGGUGGAGAGCACAGCCAACUAUACUAACAAAGAAUGGUGCUAGCUAGUCAGACCUGAGGUGAAGUAACCCAGGCAGAAAAUUUAACAUACCAAGGCCCUGGGACGAAGCAGCUUCCAGGGUGUACCGGAAGUCUAGUGAGCCUAGCCAUGGUUGAGUAAAGGGCCUGGAGACAAACUGGUCCAGGGCUCCUAUGUGACGUAUUAUGAGUUAUCAAAAGGGCCACGAAGUGGCUUUGAGCAGGAAUAGGGCAUAAAGACAGGAACUCGGAGGUAAGAGUUAAGAGGCAGAGGCCCCUUGUGGGAGACAGAAUACUCUGCCACAAAUGCUGGAUCUCAGAAGUGGUGUCUGGUGUUGAGGAGACUCAGAAGGUUGGGGCCAUUUUCCAUCCACCCAUCCAUCCAUUCAUUCAUUCAUUCAGUCACUGUCCUACUUACUAACUAUUAGCAUUCUGUGUUGUGUAAGUUUGGAUUUGGGAGGUGACAGAUCGCUGCUCUGGUUUCAGUGUCAAAAAAUGUGCGAUACAGACAGGGCAGUGGGUGUCACAUUAGGGUCACAAUGGUCACCUGAGAACACAGGACAGAGUGACCCACUGUCAAAUACGUGCAGGGGGAAUGGAGCAUCCUAGAGUAUGUGAUGUCUGGACUUAAAGGACCAGCAGGUGUCUGCUGUGUGCUGAUGGAGGUGGAGGCAACUUGGGUGAGAACCCGGGGAAGCAAAACAGCACAAUGUGUGGGUGGUGAGGGCGGGAGAAGGUCAGUGACUCAAGCAUGCUGCAGUCCAACUGCAGGCAGUAGUGGGGGAUCUACAACCCGCACCCGAGCUCCAGAGUUCCAGGCUGAGGGGGCCUGGCAGUCACUCAGCAGGCAGAGAGUGGUUCUUGCUGGUUUCAUUUGCUCAGUAAAUAAUCCCCGAGGUCUGCGCAUCAGCCCUGUACUCAGUGUGGGAGAAGGGGAGCGGUAGACUGAGGAAGGAAAGCAUAGGGACCGGGUAUGACAUUUGUGCUUGGGGGCAGGGAGGGCUUCAUGAGUGGCACAUACCUGUCAUCUUAGUACUGGUGAGACGGAGGCAGGAGGACUGUAAAUCUGAGGUUGCUCCAGGCUAAGAAGCUGACUCCAGAAAAUGCAAAGAGCUGGGAAUGUAACUGAACUGGGAGAGUAUUUGCUGAACAUUCACAAGGUCCUGGGCUCCAUCCUCAGCAUCAUAUAAACUAGGUGUGGUAAAACUGUGCUAGUAAUCCCUGCAUUUGGGAGGUAUAACCUGGAGGAUCAGAAGUUAAGGCAUCCUCAGCUAUAUAGUGAGACUUAGACCAGCCUGUGUUGAACAUGGUUUUUAAAUAAGGGAGAGAAUUUUGCCUCUGGGGCUCAGAUGGAAUUAGAAGAUGGGGAGGCUGAGUCAGGGUCCUGGGCGCAGAUCUGCGAGGGCAGUUCAAGAAGAGAUGCUAGGGAAUGGAGAGAGGAAUAUAAAUUUAGUGGCACUAGGAGCAGGGAUUGGGGAGAGGGCUAGUGUAGGGAGGGUGAGAGACUAGUGUAGAGAGAGGUGAGGUGAAAGAGACAGAUGUGGAGACAAAUGUGGAGGACAUAACUGUUCUGGGGCAUGAUGGGAUCUGUAGUCCAAAGGUCAAGCCUAGAGCAAAAGGGGGGUAGGGAGUGGGCAGGAAAAAGUGAAAUAAGGGUGGGUAAGAGGGAUGGAGGGCAGAAGAGAUCAAGACAGAAGGCAAAGACAAGGUCAUCCUGAGAGGGGAGGAAUGGGAAUGACUGGUAAAAGCUUGGCAAUCAAAGAUAAGAAGUUGCAAAGACACAAAACAGGAACAGAAAACCAAAACCUCACAGAGGCAAGACAGGUAAGAAGUUCGUGAGGCACGAGGAAUGGGCAGUUCCUUGUCUUUUAAGAAAUUGAUUUUAUUUGAACAGGGUAUCACUAUAUAGGACAGACUGGCCUGGAACCCACAGACGCCUGCCUCUACCUCCUGAGUACGGGGAUUAAAGGUGUGCUACCAUACGCUGCGUGGCUUUUAUUUUAAUAUUAGAGAAAUACUGGACUGGAGAGGUGGAUCCGUGGUUAUGAAUGCUUACAGCAAAGCUACAGAGAAACUCUGUCUCAAAAACCAAAAAGAAAAAAGAUGCUUACAGCUCUAUCAGAGGACUUGAGUUCAGACCCCAGCACCCAUAUCAAGUGAAGAUAACUCAAGACUCGGGGAAUCUAACACCUCCUUCUGAUUUCCAUGGCUACACCUCCUCAUACAAGUGUGUGCAUACAAGUGUGUGCACAGUCUCUCCCCUCUCUCUCGCAUGCACACGGGACAUGUGCACAAAUCCACAUAAAAUUAGAAAAAGAGAAAUACUUUGUAUGCUAGCCCUGGUGGUAGAGACCACAGGAAACUGAGGAAGGAGGAUCACUUGCUUAACUUACUGAGUUCAAGACUGGCUUGGUGAGAUUGUUUCCAAACAAAUAGGAAAGAGAGGGCUGAUGAUACAGUUCAGUGGUUGAGCCCCUGCCUAGAAUCCCCCAGUGAGGAGUUGGAGAUGUGACUCACUGAUAGAGCCUAUCAUAUGUGAAGAGUUAGAGUCAAUCCCUGGAAGGGGGGCAGCUAUCUGUCUUAGAUUAUCUGAAGAGACCUUACAUCAUGGUAGACAGGCAGCAGAGAGAAGAAUGGUUUGGGACCGAUAGCCUCCCAAGGCCGACCACGUAACUUCCUUCAGUUCAUCCCACCCUCUACUUUCACUACUACCUUCGGGUAAAGCCACCAUAUGAACUGAUGAAGGGGUUAACCCAUUGAUUGAGCCUUCAGGAUCCAAUCACUUCCCCAAAGCCUAACAAUCUGUAACUGAAUUCCUUUUUUUUUUCACAAUAUGUUUUUUAAUUAGGAUGUAACUGAAUUCUUAAUACCCCUCGUGGGAUAAUUCAUAUUCAAACUGUAGCAAGUGAUAAGUAGACAAGGAUCUGCUGUUUUGGGACCUCUCCAAGUGACCUCUCCAAGUGACCUCUCUAAGGUUCAUACAGGAAAACGGAGCAGGAGGCUGGGGGUGUGGCUCAGAUGGUAGCAAACAUGUUUAGAAUUCACAGGUGCUGAGUUCAAACCCCAACACUGCAUAAACUGCACGGUGGUGCGUGCACGGUGUAAAUCCAGCAGUUGGAAGAUGGAGGCAGGAGAAUCAGAAGUUCAAGGUCAUUUCUAGACACGUGAGGAAUUUGAAGCUAACUUGGGAUGCAUGGAGAUGCUUUAUAAAAAAGAAAAAAGGAAGAAAAGCCAGCGCUGGGUGUGCUGGUGCCCUCCAGAAGUUGAAGUAACAAUUGUGAACAGCACAUUGAGACUCCAUCGACUACAAAAGCUACAGAGGAUACGGUAACCCUAUGUCAGGGCAGAGCCAUUCAAGAUAAAUUGUUUGAGACGAGGAGUGUGAACAAGGAUGAGCAACUUGCACACAAAUUCCAAAGCAUUGGGAACAAAAGACCGAUGAGUCCUUGUAGCCCUGGACAAAAAAAAAAAAAAAAAUCCAUAUUCUGAUCCAGCUUUGAUGGGAAACACCUGGAGAGCUUUAAGCACAGGCAUGCCAGGGUCAUAGUUUCGUUUAAACAAAACAAUAACAGAAUCCUGUCACUGGGCUGGGAAUGAUUUCACAGUCAAAAAGAGGACUAGGUGGGGGUAGUGCAUGCCUGGAGGUGGAAAUGAGAAGAUCAGGAGUUCAGGGCUGUCCUUGGCUUCAGGAGAUUCUCUUUGUCUUCCAAACAAAACCCGAGGGGCUGGGAACGUAGCUCAGUUGGCAGGGUAACUUCUCAGUAUACAGCAGACUUUCCUUGUUGUAUACAUGGCAUGGUGGCUCAGGCCUGUAAACCUAGUGUUUGGGAGAUAGAGGCAGGGGCAUCAAGAGCUCAAGACCAGCUUGGGCUGCAUGGGAGCCUGUAUCUGAAACAACAAAAAAGUCAAAAGGGGAAGUAAGCAUUAGGGGCAUGGAAUUUUACAGAUUCUGUCUACAGGGGUGGUGAACUAGGUCAGGGGGCGGGGGCCGUCAAGCAACUAAGGUUAAAAGAAGAAAGGAAUCUGAGUUGAAGUUGAGCCGUUGUACACUGGACAGAUUUUAGGUGGGAGCAAUCUUUUGGACGUGCCCAGUUGGUGAUGCCUCUGGAAAUCCAAGUCAGGGUAUCAGGUAGCCAGUUGGUUAUGAGAGUGGUGAAGAGGUCAGGGCUGGAAAUACAAGUCUUAGUAACGUCAAGAUCCAGGAGACAUUUAAUGCCAGAGAAUGGGAUAACUGUGAGGAGUAAUUAGAUAGAGUUAUGACUCCGCUCUAGAAACUUGGGAACAUCCAAGGCAUCUCUAUGAGAGAGAGAGAGAGAGAGUGGUCUGGGGAAAAGCAGAAAGGCAGACCCUCACAGAGGGCAAAGUUAGUGAUGGUGGGGUAUGGGGCUCAGUGGUAGAGCACCUGCCUAGAAUCCCCCAGUGAGGGGAUGGGAGUGUGGUUCAGUGGUAGAGCCCCUGCCUAGAAUACCACAGUGAGGGGAUGGGAGUGUGGUUCAGUCCCUACCACGCAAGAUGGAAGGGAAAGAAGGGUGGAAAGUACAUAAUGUUUUAUGAAGCAAGAAGUCAGCCAUCUGUGCCCAGUGCUGCUGAGAGCUGGAAAAAGAUAUGGAAGACUAGAAGGUUUGUGACGGGGACAGUGGUGACGAGCUCGAUAAGAGGUGGCUUUUGUCUGAUUUCAGAGAUAAAAGCCUCGAUCCAGCAUUGAAGGGGAUGGGGGCGUGAGGGAAGAAGAGGAAAAUGAAACCCAAGCAAUUAUUAUUUUGGUAUGCAAACCAUACAGAGCUGGGUGUAGUGGUUCACAUCAAUAAUCCCAGCACUAAAGAGGCUGAGGCAGGGGAAUGACGCAGUUCAAAGCCUGCCUGAGCUUCUGAUGGAGACAUUUUCUUAGAACAAUAACAAAAUAUUUUAAAGAGGCUCAGUGGGAUGGCAUAGCAGGGGGCACACUUGCUGACCAGUCUGACCACCUGAGUUUAAUCCUUGCCCUGGACCCAUAAGCUAGAAGGAAAGAACUGAACCCUGCAAGUUGCUCUCUGCUCCCCCAUAACAUUCAUACCCCUAUACCACUCCAAUAUAAAUGUAAUAAUCUUUUAAAAUUUAAAAAUAGAGAAGGAGGCCAGGCGGCGGCAGAGUACACCUUUAAUCCCAGCACUCAGAAGCAUAGGCAGGCGGAUCUUUGUAAGUUGGAGGUCAGCUUGGUCUACAGAGUGAGUUGCAGGACAGCGAAACAGUGAAACCCUGUCUUGAAAAACAUAAACAAACAAACAAAAAAUGAGGGGGGAAGAGAGAAGUAAAAUGUACAGACAAAAAGACAGAAAACACACCCCAAAUUUCUAGAGCUGUUACAGCAGAUGGGCUCAGAAAGAUGGGUAGACCCACGGCCCAGGAGUAGUUGGGGGUGGAGACCAGUUCAGUAGCAGGCAGGGAAGAAAGACUUGGGAGAACUUCCCGAAUGAGGCUGUGCUGUCUGCUUUCCAGCUCCUGCUGCUGACAUUGUGGGGCUGGGAGGCCAUCCAGCCCUGAGAGAUCCAGUGAAGUCUCCUUCAUUCAUUCAGAAAUGAACAUGCACUCAGCACUCAGGAAUGUCUUCUGGGGACUUGGGGAUGCCAGGCCCUGUCGUUUAAGAGCUGUGUCCACCUUGUCAUGGAAUGGGAGCUAGGCCAGGUAGAACAGAGACAGGUGUUCUGGUGGACACUGAAGAGGAGCGGGUCACAUCUUUCCUCGUCUGGACAGGCAGCUGUGUGUAUGCCAUCUCAUUGCACCAGGCCAUUAAUUCACCCAUACUUCAUCCAUUCAUACUACCCAUUGAAGUGUCUCAGGCUUCCUGGGUAUCUGACCUUGAGAUGGAUACCUGAGAGGACCGUGACAGGUUGGGCCAGUCUAAGGCGACAGUCAAACCCACAAUCGCCUCCAAUGAUACAGUUCAGAGCAGGGCCAUCAGAGGUGGCAUGGGUGUUCCAGGGACCUGGGGACGGCACCUGGGAAAGGAAGGAGUUGGUAAAAGGUGGGUCCCGCCUGGGUGGCACACAGAAGGGCUGAGAGGGAGUGAGGGGUGAAGAAUCAGGCCCUGCUGCCAUGCAACACGGCUGUCCCCGUCUAGGUGUCUGCCCCCGAGGGAGCUGAAACUGCAUGGAAGGUCCCCUGGGGGCACUCAGUCUAAUAAAUCCAUGAGGAUAGCUUCUCUGCUUCAA